AUGAGACAUCGUUCGAUUGUUUUGGAUAGCAAUGAUUCGGACCUUGUCCAACUGAGACUGGCCUUUGCGAAGAAGGGCAAGAAUCUGGAAGACGUGGAUUCGAAGCCAGGAUCUGCUGACAGAUCGGGAUGCGCCUCUCCAAUACCAUCAUUGGCUAGCAAUUUGUUGAAUACAGAAGCGGACGCGACAGCGCGUCUCGAUGAUGUGCAACGUGCUCAAAUGGCUGCCAUGAAAGCGCAUGAUCUCGUGGAAAUGCUGGUGGAUACGACACAGCUGGAAGAACAAGUGUCGAUUCUGCAUUGCUUGUGGAUGAAAUGUGGUGGCGACUUCCCGGUAACCAUCAACAAUCGACAAGUAUCCAUUCGAGCAUUGAUGGAAGAAAUAUACUCUAAGCUUUUUGUCGAAAUGUUCCGUCUAAGAAUUGGACUGAUCAUUCAGGUGCUCGCCUCCGAAUUGGCACGCCUAAAAGAUCUCUCGGCUUCUGAUGCUCUCCAAAAUCUGUUGACAAUAUCCCCGUUCGAGCUCAAAUCAAUGCUGUUGAUGUUGUUGAGUGGACGACUUCUAGAAGAAGUACCUCUCGAUGAUGAAGCUGCCGCGAAAGAGACCCGCACUGGGAUUGGCAGCUUCAGGAAGCAUAUUGAGGAGCGGAAGUCUCUACGAAAAUCGAUGCGCCAUUCUCGUCGUGAUGCUCCUCCGACCCCAAAAGAAGUCGAUGAAAUGGAGGCGGAUUUGCUAGAAGAAGAAGCCGGCAUUGACGAUUUCCAGUUUGGCAUCUGGCUGCGACAUCGAAGGAUUGAUGGCGCCCUCAAUCGUGUCCCCAAUCAUUUCUAUGCUAGUCUCUGGGAUAGUGUUCAUCGCUUCCAUCAUGGCCUGCAGAUUAAUGGGAUUAUUUUGCAUUGGGGAUUGACCCAGGAAAUGACGCGUCGUGAAAUCAAGUUUGCGCUUGAAGUGGAGGAGGUGCUGAACCAGAUCAGCGAGCCGGAAUACAGGGAAAUGGUUAUUGAAACGCUGUGGCUGCUAGGACGUGUGGAUCGUGUACUUCGAAACGAUUCCCUAAAUCUACCACAAGAUCGCCCCCUCGACAUUGAUAAUAUCAUUGCGAGAGCCAAUCGUAUCUUUGUCGAUCAUAACCGCGAACUCGACACAAUAGUGGUCGACUGCUGUGCCGGGGGCAAAUCGUGUGGCGGCGCCAGAAACCUGUGCAUCCACUUCCUCGAUUCAGCACCUGCUGGAGAAUACGGGACAAGCCAUUACAUCAUUCGUGCUUUUGCUGCCCUUUUCACA